UUCCGUAAUCCACGUCAACAACACGUGGAUUCCGUAUUUGAGUGCUCCAGCUGGAGAGGAGAAAGAGGGAGAGAGAGGAUGGCGGCCAUUCAGACGAUCCUGGAGCGUCUCCUGGUCCCAGAUAACGCCGUAAUUCAGCAGGCCACGCGUGAUCUCCAGGCCGUGUACAGGAACCCAGACGUUAUUCCGGGCCUCUGCACCCUCCUACACUCGUCCCCCAACCCCCAGAUUCGACAGUUUGCAGCUGUGCUGUUGAGAAAGAGGCUAGUCAAACUGUGGAAGAAGCUGCCUGGAAAUGACCGAACAACAAUCAAGUCUAUGCUGCUCCAGUGUCUAACCCAGGAGACCGUACGGAUUGUGUUCAUAUCAGUGGCUCACCUGGCUAGUGUGCUAGCCAAGUACGAACUGCCACGAGGUCAGUGGGAGGAGCUGUCAACGUUCAUAUUCCAAUUCUGCCACAGUCAAGACCCUCAACAGAGAGAGGUCGGGGUCCUCCUCCUCAGCUCUGUCAUGGAAACGGCUGCUCUGGACUUCAAACAGCAUUUCCAGAGCCUGUUUCAACUGCUGUCGUCUGCUCUUGAAGACCCGCAGAGCAAGACUGUCCCAUUCUAUGCACUCAAGUGUCUGACCUCAAUGGUGGAGUAUGUGGCAGAAGAGGACUCGCCUCACUUCACUCCGCUAGUACCAAAGAUCAUGGCUGUUGUGCGUGCUCUCAUUUCAGAAGACGAGGACAAGGCUUGCGAGGGGAUGGAACUCUUUGACGAGAUUGUGGAGUGCGAGGUUGGCAUGGUAACGCCACACCUCCCCGACCUCAUCCAGUUCAGUCUGCAAGUGGCCAGCAACUCGUCGCUAGGAGACAAUCUCCGCGUCAAGGCCCUCUCAUUUCUUCAGUGGCUGGCUUCUCUCAAGAAGAAGAGUCUACUGAAACAAGGUCUUCUUCCAUCAGUCAUUCGCACCAUGCUCACUAUCAUGGCCACGCCACACCCGGGCGGAGCCGAGGACGAGGGCGACGCAACCACCGAGACUCAGUCUCCCAUCUCCCUCGCCGCUCAGGUGUUGGACAUCCUGUCUCUCCAUCUUCCUCCUGAAAAGAUACUCUCUCCUGUGUUGGAGUGUGUGGAGCCGUGGCUGGAGAGCACCAACCAUUUCCAGAGGGCGGCCUCUCUCAUCGCCAUAGCAGUGAUGGUGGAAGGUUGCUCGGUGCACAUCAAGAACCAUCAUCUUCCAGCACUGCUACAGAUAGUCUACAAAGGAGUGCGAGAUGAGGAAAAGGUUGUCAGAAAUGCGUCUCUCUUUGCAAUUGGGCAGUUCUCGGAACACCUCCAGCCUCAGAUAGCAGAGUACAGUGGGGAGCUGCUGCCCGUUCUAUUCCAGUUCGUUGACCACGCACUCCAGUCCCCUCUCCAAGAGGCCUCUGCACUAACUAAGAUAUUCUACGCCCUGGAGACCUUCUGCGAGCAGUUAGGGCCCAAGUUGGUACCCUACUUGCCGGUCCUCAUGGAGAAGUUGUUUGUAGCCCUCUCUUCCCCCGAUGUCCACAACUGUAUCCAUGUGAAGGAGCUGGCCAUCAGUGCCAUAGGUGCAGCAGCCAAUGCGUGUGAGUCUGAAUUCUUGCCCUACUUCGACCGAACAAUCAAUCUACUAAAGCAAUACAUAAUGUUGCCUCACCAUCAGGACACUCUCAUUCUACAGGCCCAGGCCAUUGAUACUCUGGGGACACUGGCUAGAACAGUUAGUGAGGAUAACUUCAGACCACUGGCUGCAGAGUGUGUCACUCUGGGUGUGGCACUGUUACAGGGCGAAGAUCCUGAUCUCAGAAGAUCAGUCUACGGAAUGCUGGCAUCUGUAUCGUGUGUUAUCAAGGAAGAGAUGUGUGGACAGCUGGAACCCGUUGUGGGAAGAAUAUUUCAGGCUCUUGUGUCAGAGGAAGGAGUUACUGUGCAUUAUGCCUCCUCCGAAGUGCCAUUUCUCGAUUUUGACGAAGAAGAAGAAGAGGAGGAGGAGGGGGAGGGGGGUGAGAGGGGAGAGGCCAGCUCCAGUAUGUUGGACGACAGCAGAGCCAUUGAGGGGUACACAGUUGAGAAUGCAUAUCUGGAAGAGAAAGAAGAUGGCCUCAAUGCACUAGCAGAAAUUGCUGGAAAUGUGGGACCAGGGUUUGUCAGGUACAUCGACGACUGCUUUAGAGAAGCUAACUCUUUGACUGAGCAUUCUCAUGAGGGUAUCAGAAAGGCAGCCAUCUGUGCGGUGGCCACGUUCUGCAGACUGUGGUACCGGUGGCUGAGAGAGGCAGGCAGCACCGAUCUCGAAGAGCUGCAGUUCCUGACCAACAGCACAGUGCUGAGUCUGGCUGCCACUGCCAGGACCGACAGCGACAGAAACGUCGUGGGAGCCAGUCUCGAGUCUCUCGAAAACAUCUUCAAAUCUCUCAAGGGUACAGAGUUCAAGCUGGCACCUCAGGCAUGUAGCAGUGUUCUUGUGUCACUACAAGACAUCCUACAUAACAAGGCACAGUGUUGUGGAGUUGAGGCGGAGGAUUCCGGGACGGGAGAUAUGUCGGAGUAUGACAGUGUGGUGUUAGAGUGUGCAGGCUCCGUGGUUGGUCCGUUUGCAGUGGUGGCAGGAGGUGAGGCCGUGCUUCCCUCCCUCCCUCAGCUCCUCUCUCCACUCAUUGAUAGACUGGCGCCAAAAUCUUCAGUACCGACAGGUCUUUUGCCAUUGGUACCAUUGCGGAACUGCUGGAUGGGCUGGGUGGCCACACCUGUAAGCUACUGGAGCUGUACCCUCUGUUCCUGAAGACAAUGUCAGACGAAGACGAUGAAGUCUGCAGUAAUGCAAUCUACGGCAUGGGCCUCCUAAUGGCAAACGGAGUUCCAGACAGCCAGAGUCAUUACCGUGAAGUUCUGGGGACUCUGUUCGUCACUGCUCAAACCAGGAGAAACGCUAGAAUCCUCGACAACAUCUGUGGCGCCAUUUGUAGGAUGAUACUGGCCCACCAAGAGGGAGUUCCUCUGGACCAGGUUGUGCCAGUCCUCCUGGAGAACCUGCCACUGAAAGAGGACAUGGAGGAGGUGGGGACAGUCUACACAUGUUUCCUGAAGCUCUUCUCUCCUGAUAGUGAUAAUCUUGUGGUGGUGAGCCUGCCAUAUUCUUCCUCGAACUCUCUCUCUCUCUCUUCUCUCUGUCUGUUGCUAUACAGAUGAUGAAUAAUUUACCUGCUGCACUGCGAGUGAUUGCACAAGACCUACCCUCACCUCACCUCUCGCAAGGUAAUAAUUGAGGGGCACGAUGUUUUAUCCCCCAUAUUUCUGCGUCUCCUCAGAGGUUAAGACUGCGUUGGUACAGCUACUGAAAGUGCUGAAUGCUCAUCACGUGGACCGGCUGCAAGCAGCCCUCCCCCACCUCUCCCCAGACCUCAUCUCGUCUCUGAACUCUGCCCUCCUCUAGCUAGCAGGUCAUGUGACCUCACAUGAUCCCGUACGGGAGUGAAGAGAGGAACAACUUGCGAUAAUUGCGUUUUACAAAACAGUGUUUCAAUUCUACCUAUAUAUAGACAUGUGUUCAUUGAAUUGGAAGAUUGAUUGGUGGAUAUGAUGACAUCAUCUUCUCAUGUACUUGACUUUGUUCUUCUGCCUCUUGCCGCCACUGCCGCUGCCAUCUUUGUCGACUGCAGUUGGUGAACCCCGUGAUACCCACGGCCAGAUUAGCAACCUCCACACCUUGUAGACAACCAGACCUGGAACCUUAAGCCAGAGGAGCCAGACCAGGUUGGAGAGAAAAGACAGGCCUUGCAAGAAGGCAGUCAGGAUAACAAAGUCAAUCACAUACCUGAAAACCCAACAGAGAACAAAUGUCACUGGAUGCAUCAUACUCUGAUAUGGGAUAGCAAACAUCUACGAUAGAUGGAGUUUGUAUUAUAUCAUACUGAGAUAAUUAUAUAUAAGUCUACAUACUCUGAGAUGUAGUUGUCAGAGAGGUCAGCUCCAGCCUCAAGGAGCUCUCCACUGGGUCCGAGAUGAGGCCGGGCUAGUUGAACCAACACCCACCGACACAGUCCAUGGACAGCUGGUCCAAACAACGCAAAGAAACCAUCCCACCAUGUAGUGGUGCCAUCCACAAAUUGGAAGUAGAGCAAGUGAAGUGCCUGAACUGCCUUUCCGACUAGGGAGAAUAGUAGGUAGAACGACAACGUUUCGAGGUUGUCUCUGUGGAUCUCCUUCUUCCCACGUGUCCUCUCCUUCACCUUAGG